AUGUCCGGGGAUAAACUUAAUACCCCUGAUGACAAUCUUGGAGAGCCUUUUGGAGAAACGGAUAUAACUCUCUCUAAACUAUUAUAUACUGGUGCACAAACAGGCAACACUAUAUUUGUAAUUGAGCUCCUUAGAAUGUAUCCUACUAUAUUAUGGAUUAAAAAUAGAGAUCCCCUAAGUAUAUUUCACAUAGCUGUUAUGCACCGCCACAAAGAUAUAUAUAACCUAGUGUACGAGAUAGGUUCAAACAAGACUAUACUAACCAGGCAAACAGAUGAUGAAAAUAAUUGUAUACUUCAUUUAGUUGGAAGUACCUCAAAAAGGAAUCAACUUCAAACUGUCUCAGCAGCCUCACUACUAAUGCAACGAGAGUUACUCUGGUUUAAGGAGGUGGAAAAGAUUACGCCACGUGACUUGAGAUAUUCGAAGAACAACAAAGGUCAGACACCAUAUGAUCUAUUCUCAGAAAAUAAUGAAGAGACGGUUUCCAAAGGUCUAAAGUGGACGAGAGAUUGUAUGGUUGUUGCUACACUCAUCAUUACCAUAGCAUUUGCUGCAGCGUUCACCAUUCCAGGAGGCUAUAACCAAGAGAUCGGGCUUCCUAUUUUCACUCAUGAAACUAGUUUCUUAGUUUUCUUAAUAGCGGAUUCAGUUUCUUUAUUUUCUUCCUCAACUUCACUCUUAGUGUUCUUAUCUAUCCUCACAUCUCCUUAUGGUCCACGUGAUUUUUUAUAUUCGUUGCCGAGAAAGCUAAUGAUAGGUUUGGUGACACUAUUUAUUUCGGUAGCAGCCAUGAUGGUAACUUUUGCUGCAAGCUUCUUUGUGAUGUAUCACAACACAUUUGAAUGGCUACCGAUUCUUAUCAGUAUAUUUGCAGCCAUGCCAGUCAUUGUAUUUGCUUCACUUCAGUAUCCUCUUUUGAUGGAUAUGUUUCGUUCUAUGUACGAUUCUAGGUAUCUCUUUAAGCCCAAGAGACGUAUGCUUUAUGACACAAACCAGCAAAUGUAA